GCUGAUCUCAUCCAAUUCAGUCAGGAUAAACUUUGCACAUUCCAAGAAAUCAAGAAUACAUUUUAUUAAAAAACAAACAGUUUUACUGUGUUUUUGAUCUUCACCAACUAAUACAGUACUGAUUAGGCAUCGUUGUAACGAUUUUCUCAAUUUCUUCCUUAAUAAUAAGACAGUAACCAACUUUCCAUUACACCCUUCUUGAAUUUUUUCUCCUUACUUAUCACCUCUUGUGAUUUUAAUAAAAAAUGAUAAAUUAAAGCUAUCACUGACAACGAAAUUAAUCCAUCUUCAAUUCAAAACCCAAUUUAGCAUUCCAAUAUUUGACUCUCUACUUAUCAAAAAAAAGAUAAGUAUAAACUUCAAUUUCCCCCAAACCUCUAUUCUCCCCCUUUCUUCACCUCCAGAAUCAAAUUCACAAGCCACAAAUUCUUGAUUUGAUCAUUAAUGGCUUUUUCAUCAUCUUCAUCAACUUCUUUAACAGAUCAAGUAGCAAGGAGAGCUAGAAUUUUAACAAGCCAUCUCAAUCAAAUUACAACUUCUUAUUCUUCACCCUCUCUUGAACGAUCAGUUUGUUUAGAAUACUCACCAGCUGAAAUUUCCGAAAAGAUUAAUUUCGAUACAGAAGAAAUGAGAAAAUUAUUAGAUGAUCAUAAUUUUGACGAUAGAGAUUGGUUAUUUGGAUUAUUAAUGCAAAGCAAACUAUUCUGCCCUAAAACUUCUGGUGGUAAAGUAUUUGUUACACCUGAUUUCAAUCAAUCAAAGGAACAACAAAGAGAGGUGACUAUGAAAAGGAUUGAGUAUUUGUUAGAUCGUGGUGUUUUUAAUGGUUGGUUAACCAAGACAGGAGUUGAAGCCGAGAAAAGGAAGUUUGCUUUGUUAGAUGUCAUUGGUAUUUAUGAUCAUUCUCUUGCCAUUAAAGUUGGUGUUCAUUUCUUUCUCUGGGGAGGUGCCAUCCAAUUUUUCGGCACUAAGCGGCAUCAUGACAAGUGGUUGAAGGAUACUGAAAACUAUGUAGUUAAAGGUUGCUUUGCGAUGACUGAGUUGGGACAUGGAAGUAAUGUUCGGGGGAUUGAAACAAUAACAACUUAUGAUAGAAAUACUGGAGAAUUCGUCAUUAAUACACCUUGUGAAUCGGCACAGAAAUACUGGAUUGGUGGAUUAGCCAAUCACGCAACACACACAGUAGCCUUUUCACAGCUUUAUAUCGACGGGGUUAACCAAGGAGUUCAUGCAUUCAUAGUCCAGGUCAGAGAUGCAGAUGGAAAUGUAUGCCCUAACAUCCGGGUAGCUGACUGCGGCCAUAAAAUUGGGCUGAAUGGUGUUGAUAAUGGCCGUAUUUGGUUUGACAAUGUCCGGAUCCCUCGAGAGAACUUGCUAAAUUCUGUAGCAGAUGUGUCCCCGGAUGGACAGUAUCUGAGUGCAAUUAAAGACCCAGAUCAGAGAUUUGCUGCAUUCCUCGCCCCACUGACCUCAGGCCGUGUAACCAUUUCAGUGAGCUCAAUAUAUCAAUCGAAGAUUGGCUUAGCAAUUGCCUUAAGGUACUCGUUGACAAGGAGGGCUUUCUCUGUUUCACCAAAUGGGCCUGAAGUUCUAUUGCUGGAUUACCCUAGUCAUCAACGACGUCUCCUACCUCUUCUUGCAAAAACAUGUGCCAUGAGUUUCGGAGCAAACUACUUGAAAAGGAUGUACAUUAAUAGGACUCCACAAGCAAACAAAACCAUCCACGUUGUUUCCAGCGCAUUCAAGGCUGCUUUCACCUGGCAUAACAUGAGGACCCUUCAGGAGUGCCGUGAAGCUUGUGGAGGGCAAGGUCUGAAGACUGAAAAUCGCAUGGGUCAUCUGAAAAGUGAAUAUGAUGUGCAGUCUACCUUUGAAGGGGACAAUCAUGUUUUAAUGCAACAGGUUAGCAAGGCCCUCAUUGCAGAAUAUAUAGCAGCUCAGAAAAGGAAGACACCUUUUAAAGGGCUAGGAUUGGAACACAUGAAUGAUCCCCGCCCUAUUAUUCCUGCGGAGCUCACAAGCUCCAUUCUCAGGAGCAUCAACUUCCAGAUGGAUAUAUUCUUCUUGAGGGAGCGGGAUUUGUUGCACCGUUUUGCUUCUGCAGUAUCACAACUUCAAGCGCAAGGUGAAAGCAAAGAGAACGCGUUCAUGCUUACCUACCAGACGGCAGAGGACUUGGCAAAAGCUUUCACGGAAAGAUCAGUAUUACAAACCUUUGUGGAGGCUGAAGUUGCUGUGAGUGACAGUGCGCUUAAGAGUGUGUUUGGUCUUUUGAGGUCAAUGUACGCCUUAAUCAGCAUAGAAGAGGACAUAUCAUUCCUCAGAUAUGGCUAUUUGUCACCAGAUAAGGACGCCGCUGUAAGGAAAGAAGUGACAAAGCUAUGCAGUGAAUUGCGACCCCAUACUCUUUCGGUGGUAAAAUCGCUUGGUAUUCCCGAUGCUUUUCUCAGUCCAAUAGCUUUUGAUUGGGUUGCUGCAAAUACUUGGUCUCCUGCACAACAGUAAACCUGAAGGGCAGGGCUCCAAUUUGGUUCCAAGUAUCUUCGCUAUUCCUUGAAGCUUUGUGUUGGUAAUAGAAACAUGCCUAAAUUAUGCAAGUCCCAAUAAUGUUAGCAAAUUGGCGCCUUAAUAUUCUCCAUUUUACUUAUAAAUUGACAUCAGCACAUUGUAAUUCUUAAAUGUCAAGAAAUAAAAUUUACUGGUUUCUACUCA